AUGGAUAGCAUUCCUUUGAGUCAAAAACGAUUUUCAAAUUCUAAACGUCCUUACUUUACACCUCGUUUCUCACCUCCAACAGAACUACAUGAAGAAUACUAUAGAAAAAUUAACAUUCAUUAUUCACCACCUUUAAUACCUAAUUCAUCUUUCAAUGCGAUCACAAACAAACGAAUUUUCCCAAUGUCGCAUUAUCAAAAUACCGAAACAUCAGAUAAUGUGGCUACAGAAAUGUCAGAAAUGUCAGAUACUUCAUACCUAAAAACAAAAAACGAUAAAAUUUUCAGAAAAACACUUAAAAAUAAAUUACGUAAAGAAAUCAAUAAUUACAAAGCCGAUCUUAAAACUUUAUCAAAUGAACGUGAUAAAAUAAGUAAUUGUUAUGUAGCAAUAGCAACAUUGGAACGUAUGAUUAAAACUAAGAAUCCAAGUAAUGGAUUUCGAGAAGGAGUUUACGAAGUAUUGAAAGCUUUAUCAACUAAUCCUGGGGAUAAUAUGAAUUUAACAAAUCAAAUCAUAUCAACAAUGUUAGAAAUUAUCAUAAAAAUCUGGCAAGAUAAAGGAUUUGGUAGAUGUGCGAUAUGUAAAUUCGGAGUUGUUAUAGAAUCUACCAGUGAUGUCAAUAAUUUGUGGGAUACACCUAGCUGGGCUAGAUGUACAUUCCCGACUUUAAUAGAUAUUAUGGUUAGGUAUAGAUAUUAUGGUUAG